CCCGUUUUCACUUGGCCAGUUAUGUGCUGAAUGGCGGGUUUGCAAUUAUCCAGCCAUGUCGGAUACUUUCAUCCAGGACCGCUGUGCGAUUUUUCUCGCCGAUUUGCCAAGAUCAAUUGAUGGCGACAAGAUCAGCAGACUUCACAUGGCAUAUGGGUUGCCCUUGCCAGUGGACUUUCAGCUUCUUCAUGAUUCCACAGAAACCCAGGCAAGCUGCGCUGCCAUAUUCCGGUACACUGAUCCCACCACCACAGAUGGUGCUCUGGAGGUCUUCUCCGGCUUGCCCGUUGAGUACAACGGCCGGUACUGGCCACUUCGCGCAAAGCUUGCUGGAAUGAAAAUUCCUGAUCGUGGGCCCAUCCAACCAAAGGAAAUGCCGAAGGCUCCGCCGGUAGAUGAUCCCAUUGUUCUAGUUCGGGAGGUCCCGGCGGAUUGGUCACAGAAAGAUUUGAUGAGCUUUCAUUUAUCCUUGGGCAUGGAGGAGUUUCAGACCGCACGAAUGAUGCCUUCCAGCGAUGGAGGUCUCACUCGUCACGCGUACUUGCAGUACAGGACGGCAGCAGCUGCUUCCAACGCUGUAAGUAGUCUCUCGGGCAGCUUGGUCCAUCCGAGAUCCGGAGAGCCCAGGCGGCUGAUUGCUGGACUCGCAUCUGAUGUGCGACAUGGGGCUCAUGGCCAGAACGGCAUCAGAGGACGGCAACAAGGUCCAGGCAAGACCUCAGGGUAUCGGAACCAGGCCCGGGACAGGGAUUCGGAUCACUUCGAAGCUGGACCUCAGCAGGAUCCGUAUACUCUGUAUCUCUCGGACAUGCCUAGUGAUUUCAACAAGAAGGAUUUGGAGAGAUUGCACGACCAGCUGGGCAUAAUCAAGCCGAAAGUUAUCAAAGUUCUAUACUUGAGGCUUAACAAAAGCAAAAGCUCUGCUGUUUUGCGAUAUGACACAAUGGAACAGGCGAAGAGUGCUUUGAUGGUACUGCAGGAUCGCCUGGUACUGGUCAAUGAGCAUUCUGGGGAGGAACAGCAUCCUCGAGCUCAGUUUGCCAGAAAGAGAUCUCCGCAGCUUGCAUUUGCCCAGGAUGAUAAUUCCUACGGUGGCAGCGAUCACGAAGACCGUGAAGAGGAUGACACAAUUUAUGCUUUGCCCAGUGUGUACGUGGCCGAACUUCCUAUCAACAUCACAGAGAAUGGGGUUCGGCACAUGGUGCAGGAGGUUGGAGGGAAGCUCGACGACUUGGUCGCAGUCACUUUCCUUCAGCAGAAAUUCAAGGGAAGCCAUGCCUGCUGCCUGCUGAGGUAUCAGGACAUGGAGACAGCUGAGUCUAUGGCCGAAAAGCUUCACGGUUUCAGGGUCUACCACCCAGAUGAUCGCACCAGGCCGGUACGUGCCAAAGUCGCGAAGCAUUCUAAAGCGCUAAACUACAUGUGCACAGACGUUUAUGUGGGUGAGGUGCCAAACAACUGGACUGCUUCAUAUAUGUACAAGUUCUUGACACAGGCCGGCGUCGAACGGAAUGUGAUCCAUUCUGUCAAGCUUUUAUCUCAACGGCCCGGUCGGGUUGGCGUGGGGGCUAUUCUUCACAUAGUCAGCGCAGAAGCGGCUGAUCGAGUCCUGGAACAGCUGACUGGCCAAGAGAUCCUGGUGCGAGGGAAGCCAAGGCCGUUAAAAGUGCGGCUGGCUGAUGCGCCGAAGGAGCCCUGGAUGGAGCCGGAACAGCCGGAGCCGCCUCAGCCACCUGCGCCGGAGAUUAGGAAGCCGGCCAUUACAGCGCCAGUUCCUUUGUCACAGCUUCAGUGAGCGCUGCAUGGAAAUUCAGAAACGCGUCUAUAUAAUCUCAAAAGGACUGCUACAGCUGCACAGUCGCUCAGGAAAUAUUGAGACGCCGUUGG